ACUAUAAUAUUCAACUGAAUUUUGAGCACUAGUUUAACAAAUACCACACCCUCUUAUAUAUAAACAUGAGAAUUCAGUAAAUUGGUUAUUGAGUUCCAAGCUGAAACGAGAUGGACGGUUAUAGUCCAAAAUGGUUUCAUAAAGCGAAGCCAUUCAUAGGUGUUGUGUUCAUUCAAUCUGGAUACGCAGGUAUGGAUGUUCUGUGCAAGGCUGCAUUGAACAAUGGAAUGAGCAAUUAUGUUCUUGUUGUCUACCGUCACGCUGUUGCCUUUGUUGUCAUGGUUCCUUUUGCAUUGAUCUUGGACAAGAAAAUAAGGCCGAAGAUGACAUUUUCAAUCUUUGUGAAGAUAGUGUUACUGAGCUUGUUAGAGCCAGUUAUUGAUCAGAAUCUGUAUUAUUUGGGAAUGAAGUACACAACAGCAACCUUUGCAGUUUCCAUGUACAAUAUCCUUCCUGCCAUCACUUUCCUCAUGGCUUACAUUCUUAAGCUAGAGAAGAUAAAAAUAAAAAGUAUACGUAGUCAAGCAAAGGUGUUUGGGACUUUAGCCACUGUUGCAGGUGCCAUGGUGAUGACACUAAUAAAAGGCCCUGAACUUGAGCUUUUUGGGACUCAUGGAGGAAGCAGUACCCACAUCCAGCAUAAUGGUGGGGUAAACCUUCAACAUGCAAUAAAGGGAUCAGUGAUGAUCACAAUUGGGUGCUUUAGUUUUGCAGGUUUCAUGAUUCUCCAAGCUAUUACCCUUGAAGCCUACCCUGCUGAUCUCUCUCUCACAGCAUGGAUAUGUUUGUUGGGAACAGUUGAAGGUGGCAUAGUGGCCCUGGUUAUGGAAAGGGGUAACCCUGCUCCAGUUUGGUCUUUGAAUUGGAAUACAAGUUUGUUGGCUGCUGUCUACGGUGGCAUAGUUUGCUCUGGAAUGACUUAUUACAUCCAAGGAGCAGUGAUGAAAUACAAAGGCCCAGUCUUUGUAACAACAUUCAGUCCUCUAUGCAUGAUCAUUGUGGCUAUACUGGGCUCUUUUAUUUUGGCUGAGCAAAUGUAUCUUGGAAGGGUGAUUGGAGCCAUUGUCAUUCUUUUAGGGUUGUAUCUAGUGGUGUGGGGUAAAAACAAAGAUUAUGACUCACCACCAAGUCCAAUUAUUAACGAGCAUGUAUUGCCAGAUAAGCAAACUACAGAGAGCAAUGCCAAGGACAAGGAGAAGCCUUCUAAUCACGAGCUUAUCACUAUUAGUAACAUUGGUGCAGGAAACUUAGCUCAAUAUGAACAAGUAUGAAGGGAUACACUAAAUUAAAUCCAAAAAGUUUAGUUAUCCUAUGAUGUUCUACUUUCAGUCUACCAAUCCAAAUGCCAUUUAACAAUCUCAACUAUAUAUAGGCUCCUAGUUAAUUGUUCGACCUUUCGAUUAUGAUGUAAUAGUUAAGGUUUUUAUGUAACAACAUAGCAUGUCAGAAUAUGACAACAAAAUACCAUGUAUUGGAGGGGAAGUGCAUCCAUGUAUUGUAGGUUUGAGAAAAUAUUCCUUCAACAUGCCUAUUGUUGUCAUGCUGGAUUUGUAUUAAGGUUGAAUUGUAUACUUCUUUGUUUUGGCUUUGUUCAUGGUUUUGAAUAUUUGAGUAAGAAUAAUGUUUGGCUCC